AUGCGGGUGGCCAAGUGGCUGACGGGGCUGCUCUACCAGCUCUCACUCUUCAUCACCAGGUCGUGGGAAGUUCACUUCCACCCCAGGCAAGAAGCGCUGGUGAGGACACUGGCCUCGUACGAAGUGGUGACCCCCGCGCGGGUCAAUGAGUUCGGCGAAGUGUUCCCUCAGAGCCAUCACUUCAGUCGGAGGAAGCGCAGCUCAGAGGCGCCGGAGCCCACGCCGUUCAGGACCCACUACCGAAUCAGCGCCUAUGGGCAGCUAUUCCAGCUGAACCUGAGCGCCGACGCGGGCUUUCUGGCCGAGGGCUACACCGAGGUGCACUUGGGAGCCCCCGAGCGCGGGGCGGAGGAACGCAGCGCGGUGUCCCCAGACUUGCGCCACUGCUUCUACCGGGGCCAGGUCAAUGCUCGGGAGGAUCACAUCGCUGUCUUCAGCCUCUGUGGAGGCCUGAUGGGAACAUUUAAAGCACACGAUGGUGAAUAUUUCUUAGAACCUAUAAUGAAGGCAGAUGGGAGUGAACAUGAAGAUGAUCAUAACAAGCCACAUCUUAUAUACAGACAGGAAUUAAAGAGGAACUAUUUUCUGCAUUCUCAUAAGCCUUGUGAUGUUUCAGAAAGUCAAAUAAAGAAGACCACUUUACCUUUUCAUAACUACAGCAAUGUGAAUGAAGAUCUUAAUAUGAAGAAGGAAGCAGUUUUAGGACACCCUUCAAAAAACAUAUCACUGGAAAAUGAAAAAAGCCAGUUACAUUCCAGGAAAAAGCGUUUUUUAUCAUAUCCAAGAUACGUGGAAGUUAUGGUGACAGCCGACACCAAAAUGGUUCAUCACCACGGGCCGAACUUGCAGCACUAUGUGCUCACUCUGAUAUCAAUUGUUGCAGCAAUCUAUAAGGACUCAAGUAUUGGAAAUCUUAUAAACAUAGUAAUUGUAAAAUUAAUUAUAAUUCAUAAUGAACAGGAAGGACCAGUCAUCAGUUUUAAUGCAGCUACCACAUUACGCAACUUUUGUUUGUGGCAACAAACUCAGAAUGUUCUUGAUGAUGCUCACCCAUCCCAUCAUGAUACUGCUGUUCUUAUCACUAGGGAAGACAUUUGUGGAGCUAGAGAGAAAUGUGACACACUAGGUCUAGCAGAAUUAGGUACCCUGUGUGAUCCUUUACGGAGUUGCUCUAUUAGUGAAGAGAACGGGCUCAGUGCUGCCUUUACCAUAGCCCACGAGCUUGGGCACGUAUUUAAUGUUCCACAUGAUGAUAGUUUUAAAUGUAAGGAAACUGGAAUCAAACAUCAAUAUCAUGUGAUGGCUCCAACUUUAAAUUACCACACAAGUCCUUGGACCUGGUCAAAAUGUAGUCAGAAAUAUAUCACUGAAUUCCUAGAUACUGGUCAUGGGGAAUGCCUCCUUGACAAACCAAAUGGGAGAAUAUAUGAUUUGUCCUCACAACUUCCGGGAUUAAUGUAUGAUGUAAACAAGCAGUGUGAACUUAUGUUUGGUCCUGGAUCACAAGUGUGUCCCUAUUUGAAACAGUGCCGGCGUCUCUGGUGCACGAGUGCAGAGGGCGUUCACAAGGGCUGCCGUACUCAGCACAUGCCUCUGGCAGACGGAACAAACUGUGGUCCUGGGAUGCAUUGCCACCAUGGGCUAUGUGUAAACAAAGAAAUGGAAUCACGUCCUGUAGAUGGUGAAUGGGGACCAUGGGGACCUUACAGUUCUUGUUCAAGAACAUGUGGAGGUGGAAUCAAAAGCACAACCAGGCUCUGUAAUCGCCCCGAGCCAAGAAACGGAGGAAAGUACUGUGUGGGCCGCAGGAUGAAAUUUCGAUCAUGUAACACUGAUUCAUGUCCAAAAGGCAAGCAAGACUUUCGUGAGAAGCAGUGUUCUGAUUUUGAUGGUAAACAUUUCAAUAUCAAUGGUCUUUCCCCGAACGUGAGAUGGCUUCCAAAGUACAGCGGGAUUGCCAUAAAAGAUCGCUGUAAGCUCUAUUGUCGGGUUGCUGGAACCACUAACUUCUACCAGUUGAAGGAUAAGGUUGCCGAUGGCACCCCUUGUGGAACUGAAACUAAUGACAUCUGUGUUCAAGGCCUGUGUCGGCAAGCUGGCUGUGAUCAUGUGUUAAACUCCAAGGCCAGGAGAGACAAAUGUGGAGUGUGUGGUGGGGAUAAUUCAUCUUGCAAGACAAUGUCAGGGGUCUUUAACAGCGCUCAUUAUGGUUAUAAUGUUGUUGUAAAGAUUCCCGCAGGAGCAACAAACAUUGAUAUCCUUCAGCACAGCUAUUCUGGAAAACCAGAAGAUGACAAUUACCUUGCAUUAUCUGACACUCAAGGAAACUUUCUUUUGAAUGGAAAUUUUGUUGUAAGUAUGUCAAAAAAGGAAAUCAAUGUACAAGGAGCUAUUUUUGAAUACAGUGGUUCCAACAACUCAAUCGAAAGAAUUAACAGUACUGAUCGGCUAGAAGAAGAGGUUGUUUUGCAGGUUUUGUGUGUGGGUAAUUUAUACAACCCUGAUGUGCGUUAUUCCUUCAAUAUCCCGAUGGAAGAGAAGAGGGACCUGUUCACCUGGGAUCCAUAUGGGCCAUGGCAAGACUGUACCAAAAUGUGCCAAGGUCUUCAUAGAAGAAAAAUGAUCUGCAUACGUAAGAGUGAUCUUACGGUGGUGUCCGAUCAAAGGUGUGACUACCUACCCCUUCCACUGUCUGUGACUGAAAGGUGCAAUACAGACUGUGAACUAAGAUGGCACAUCAUCGGCAAAAGUGAAUGUUCAUCUCACUGUGGUCAAGGAUACAGGUCCUUGGAUGUCCACUGCAUGAAGUAUUCUAUUCAUAAAGGACAAACUGUCCCGGUAGAUGACCACUACUGCAGUGACCAGCUGAAACCUCCUACUCGAGAACCCUGCCAUGGUGACUGUGUCUUAACAAGGUGGCAUUAUUCGGAAUGGUCCCAGUGUUCCAGGAGUUGUGGAGGAGGGGAAAGGUCUCGAGAAUCUUAUUGUAUAAAUAACUUUGGCCACCACCUUGCUGACAGAGAAUGCCAAGAGCGUCCCCAAGCGACGAUAGAGAAUUGCAAUGAAUUUUCCUGUCCCAGUUGGGCUACCAGUGAGUGGAGUGAGUGUCUUGUUACAUGUGGAAAAGGAACAAAGCAGCGACAGGUGUGGUGUGAACUGAAUGAAGAUCAUUUGAGUGAUGGCUUCUGUAAUCCAAGUACCAAACCUGAAUCUCUGAGGCCAUGUGAGCUUCAUGCAUGUGCUUCCUGGCAAGUAGGACCAUGGGGUUCUUGCACAGCCACAUGUGGACAUGGGUAUCAGAUGCGUGCUGUUAAGUGUGUCAAUGAGCUACUCAGUGCCGUGUUGGAUGACAGAGGGUGCCAUGGAGCUAGUCGCCCUAGUGACAGGCAGGACUGCAUGGUGACACCUUGCCCAGUUAUCCCUCAAAUUGGGGCCACUUCAUUACCAGCUGUUCCCAUGGGAAAGAUAGCGCAAUGGCGACAUGGUUCUUGGACGCCAUGCUCUGCAUCUUGUGGAAGAGGUAACCAAGCCCGCUACGUGAGCUGUCGUGAUGCUCAUGACGGAAUAGCAGAUGAAUCAUACUGUGCAUACUUACCUCGACCUGCCGAAGUCUCUGUCUGCUUCAGCCCUUGUGGGGAGUGGCAAACUGGGAAUUGGUCACCUUGUUCAGCUUCCUGUGGCCAUGGGAAAACAAAUCGACAAGUUUUAUGCAUCAAGUACCAUCAGCCAAUUAAUGAGAAUUACUGUGACCCUGAAGUUCGCCCUUCAAUGGAACAAGAUUGUAAUGUGGCAGCCUGCCCGCCUAUGUACAGCAACUUUCCAAGUUCCUCUGAGCAGCCAAACCAUUUUCCAGGCAGGAAUUUUCCACUAACUCACAAACCAGAAGAUAAUGAAAAGUGGGGGGUCCAUCCAUCCAUCAGAGGAAACCAAUGGAGAACAGGACCAUGGGGAUCAUGCUCCAGCAGUUGUGCCGGAGGUGCUCAGCGCCGAGUUGUGGUCUGCCAGGAUGAAAACGGACAAAGUGCCCAUUACUGUGAUGCUGCCUCCAAACCCCCCGAGUCCAAGCACUGCGACUCAGGACCUUGUCCACGGUGGAACUAUGGAAGCUGGGGAGAAUGUACACAAACAUGUGGAGGAGGAAUAAAGUCAAGAUUUGUAAUCUGUCAGUUUCCCAAUGGCCAACUGUCACAGGAGCAAAACUGUGAAAUCUUAAACAAGCCACCUAGCGUGGCACAGUGCCAUGUGCAUGCCUGCCCUGGUGAUGUGUCAUGGCACCGGGGACCGUGGAAAUCGUGUUCAGCUUCUUGUGGUAAAGGUUUAAAGUACCGUGAGGUGCUUUGUGUUAACCAAGUUCAAGGGAAGUUAGAAGACAAAUAUUGCAGUCAUCUACGGAGACCUCGAACUCACAAAGCUUGUAGGUCUGCCAGAUGCCCUGCAUGGAAAGCCAAACGAUGGAAGGAGUGCUCUGCGACCUGUGGCUCUGGCGUUCAGCAGAGGGAUGUGUACUGCAGACUGAGAGGCGUCGGGCGGGUGGCGGAAGAACUGUGUGACGGGUCCACACGGCCCUCUUUCCAGAGGCACUGCUGGCAUCAGGACUGCACACAGUACCAGUGGGCGGCAGGAGAGUGGUCUGAUUGUUUAGCAUCAUGUAAGAAGAAGGAGACACAUCGGCAAGUGCAGUGCAUUGAUGCACAAAACAGCCAAGUGAAUGAGAGUUUCUGUGACCCUUCCACCAGACCUCUUUCAAUCAAGAAGUGCAAGAACCUCCCCUGCAAGUAUAUUGUGGUAACAGGAGACUCGUCUCAGUGUGCUGGUAACUGUGGAUUUAGUUACCGACAAAGAAUUACAUAUUGCAUUGGGAUUCGGUCUACUGAGAGAGAUGAACUCCAUCAGCUUUGGCCUAUAGACUACAAAGAAUGCCCUGUGCUGCCUUCACCUCAGGUUUACAAAUGCGAUCUUAAGAGCUGUUUGCAUGUGGCUACUUGGAAAGUUGGAAAAUGGAGCAAGUGCUCAGUGACUUGUGGAGUUGGGAUAAUGGAGAGAAGAGUGAAAUGCAUGGCUGAAAACGGUUGGCCCAGUGAUUUAUGUUUAAAGCGUUUAAAGCCAGAUGCUCAGAAGAAAUGUUAUAUCAAUGACUGCAAGACAUUUACCAGCUGCAAAGAAAUCCAAGGGAAAAACAACAUUACCAAGGAUGGUGACUAUUACCUUAACAUUGAGGGAAGAAUAAUAAAGGUCUACUGUGCAAGUAUGCACUUGGAGAACCCCAAGGAAUAUAUAUCAUUGGUCAAAGGCGAAGAAGAUAACUUUUCUGAAGUGUAUGGUUUUAGACUACGGAAUCCAUAUGAAUGUCCUUUUAAUGGAAGCAGGAGGCAAGACUGUGAAUGUACAAAUGACUACCUGGCUGCUGGACACACUGUUUUCAGCAAAAUAAGAAUUGAUCUCACUUCUAUGCAAAUAAAAACUACAGACCUCCUAUUUGCUCAGACGAUAUUUGGAAAACCAGUUCCAUUUGCCACGGCUGGGGAUUGCUACAGUGCUGCCAGAUGCCCACAGGGACAGUUCAGCAUUAACUUGGCAGGCACCGGGAUGAAGAUAUCCGGCACUGCGAAGUGGCUUGCUCAGGGCAGUUACGCCUCUGUCGUCAUACACAGGUCACAAGAUGGAACCAAAGUCUACGGCAGAUGUGGAGGGUUUUGUGGAAAGUGUGUUCCUCACCUGACUACGGGUCUCCCAAUUCAAGUAAUAUGAACAUUCAUAAGUGAGAAGUAUGUCCCAAAGAGGAGCUGUUCUUUGGAACCUGCAAAUACCGGUGCUCAUUUCUUUAGUCUUCCUGAGAUUUCCAUGUCCCAAGUGUCUGUGCCUUUUUUAAGGGUGCUCAUCGGGGAGUCAAAUCCCCGCUUAUGUUUUUCAAGGCCUUCAAAAUAAAAACAGAUAUCUGACUCUAGUCAGGAUAUUUUUUUUAAAAGACAUAAUUUAUGGUAGAGUAUAUAGGGAUGUUUGAAUGAAUUAUACCAAGAAAAUGUUGCAGUUAACAACUUGGACUGGACCACAGUUACAGCUAUAAACACACAUGUAAAUCUCUACUCAGUAUCCCACUGUACAAUGUUUAUGAAAUGUUUAUUCUACUUGUUAAAGUAGAGCAAGUAAAGAUUAGGAAAAUGAACUUAUUUAAAACUACCAUAAACAUUUCAUGUCAGGUGAAUAGUAAAUCCAUAGUUACUUCAA